AUGAACAUUGAGCGAUAUGCAUUUUUCGAAGCUCAAAAAGGAAAGACCUCUCUUGACUCACAUUUUGCGACCUUCAAAUUUGCCCUGAAAUCCUGGAUGAAGAAAGGAAACGACUUAUUGGACAGUGCAGACAUAGUUGACAGAACAAGAGAAAACUUACAAGGGACACACAUGUAUGAAAUACAUAUAAACAGAUCAAACGAGCCAGCAAGUGCUAAAACCUUGGAGGGAAUAACAUCAUUCUCAGAUUUUACGUUUACGGCGACUGCGAAAGAGCCAUAUAAAACAAUCAAUGCAAGAGAGUUAACAAAUAUGGGUACGACAAGACAAAUAAAACCUAAGAAAAUUACAAAUUUAUGA